AAAAGUUUCAUUGGAACAAAGUGUUUGAUCCAGUCCAAUUAGAAAAUCACAGGCCCAAGAUCUGGAAUAACCUACCGGAGUACCAAUUCAUCCGAUUUCAGCCAGACUGUCGUCGUUGCUCUAUCCGUUUCCAGCUCCUCUUCCCCUCAAGCCGGCCGUUCGUCUAAUGUCCUAAGGUUAGUCGAUUAUUACUAACUGUCUUCUUAUUUUAUCUUAUCAGCAGUGAAUAGAUCAAGCUUAGAUAGCGUUUAUGAGCUUCGUUUUUUUAUCUGUUCUUUCAUUUAAACGAUUCUAAAUUAAGGAGUUGUAAUAAGCUGUAAUUCAAUGACCACCCAAUACGCUGGCAGUGUAGCUUUCGUACGGAGGAGAGCCAAAAUUCUGCACAUCAUCCCGUGAUGACAUCACCGUGUCGUCAUCAUUUUCAGGCGGGAACAGUUAACUCAGGCCGUCCAGAUUUUAUAUAUAUAUGUAGAGAUGCUAUGUUUUGGUUUUAUUUAGGUACCUUUAAUGGUUUAACCUAAUGAUGAUAAAGUUAAUGAUCAUAACGUUGAACUGGGAUUUUAGGCCUUAGGACCCGACCCUAUUAGAACGAGGGUUUCCAGAAUUAGGAUAUAUGUAUAUGGAGCAUUACAAAAAGGGGAUCUAAAGCUCACUUAUUCAUUGUACACAGAGCCAUGGGUAAGAAGGAAAAGAAGAAGCUGCGUAUGGAAAACCCCAUGUCAGAUCAUGGGGUUGAAGAAGCAGAAUAUAUUAAGGCGAACAUCACGGAGUCAGAUAAAGUGGAAGAGACUGAAAAAAUGACAGUAAAAAUUGAAGUUUUGAGCCCAGACCCAGAUAAGAUCCAUCCAAUUGUCGGUUACUUUCCAUCAGGCUAUGAUCCAAUGAAAAAAAGCUCGGAGGAAACUGAUCCGGAGAACAUCGAGCAACAGGAAAGCAGGUUUAGUUUGUUUAGAAAUAGGAAAAGGACUACUAGGUUUCAGCUUGUCGUUGGCGGGUCGCAUGUGAAUUUUGUCGGUACGAAUUAUUCCGGUGAGGCAACAGCGGCAGAGCUUUGUCACUACUCUAUUGGGGUUCUAGACAAGGAGACUCAAACACUUAAGAUCAUUCCAAUUGCUGGAAACAAGAUUAUCAGGUUGGAUCCCAAGAUAGGACCUGACACACUUGAAGAUGAAGACAAUCUGGACAAGCAAGAAAUGACUGCAGAGGAAAAGGCAGCAAAAACCAAUGCUUUAACAGCGGCCUACUCUACCAAAAGAGCUAUAAGAAGGAGUUUGAAGCGUGAAGCUUUAAUUCAACAUGCAAAUGCCGGUGCAGAUCAUGAAAUUGAAGGGAAUGAACUCACAAAUCAAAAUGCACUUGAAAAUAUUGGCACAAUCGGUGAAGAUCGUAAUAUACCACCAUACAAUAUGGCUGCCACUACACCUGAGACAGCAUAUCCCUUGGACAAGAUUAUUUCCAAGGGAGAAUGGGCUUGCCUCUCAGAUAUCAUUGACCUUUCAGAAGCGGGAGAACCUUUUCGCAUUGAUUGUUUUCCAAGCUUUGUUUGCAACAGAGUGCAUACAUUGGCAGAUAUUAAGGACCAUACAAAGAAGCAGGAGCUGGCUGGAGUCUUUUCAUACAUCACACAUCUUGUCAAGUACAAGGACAAACACUCUCUAGAAGGUUUUUCAUCUGCAAAGAGUCACAAAAUUCCUGGCAUGUUGUUCCAAAAAUUUUCUUCAAUGUUUGGUGUUUCAGAAUCGAAGAGACUUCCUGCUGAAAAAGUUGAUCUCCUCAUCAGUUAUGUACUUGUUCUUACUCUCUACGUUGACAACUUCCGAACUGAUCCAUUCGACAUAGCCAAAGACCUCAGAAUGUCCAAGGCACAGUUAAGGCCUCGUUUUGAGUUACUAGGUUGCAAAUAUAUUCGUGACAACAAAGUUCCUGUAGUCACACUUCCUGUUCCUUUGAAAUUUGCAACAAUGCAGAAAAAGCGAAAGAAGGCGCGUGGUUGAAUGUUUUGUGUGUAUCCUAAAACCAACCAUGCACUCAUUUCUGCCCUUUUUGUUUGACAUUUUUGCAUGUAUGUAAUGAGCAGCUUGUACUCUACAUAGAAUUAUGGUUAUUUUUCUAAAUAUGGUGUGCUGGUCUUCAAUCAGAAGAGGCACCAAGCCAUAUUCAUGGAUGAAAAUCCUUUAAGAAGAAAACCAUUUUAUUAGCUAAAUUUGAGGUUUCUUUUGCUACGUAAUAUUUAAUAACUAAUCUAGGAUAAUGCAAUACAUGAAACUACUUUGAAUAAAUUAGUAAAUAGUUACAAGAUUUGUUGGUGAAUA